AUGUCAUACAACAAUACACUUCCAUCAAAUAUUUUCUCCAAUCACCACCAAUUCAUGCAAAUUUGUGAUUAUGACGACAAUGAUGUUGAUGAUGAUAACAAUCAUGAUCAUACUAGUAAUACCAGUCACAAUAUGAUCCAUCCAACAUCCAACUGGUUCACACCACAAACUGCACAGAUGAUCUCAUCCAUAUUACCCAUUCCCAAUUCUACCUCGUCCACAUCUGUGAUUCACACUAUUGUGGAUAAUCACAGUGAUUCUCACUCGCUUUCCUCACAAACAGAUCCAUUCCGCUUAGCAUUCGAAACAUCACCUAUUCAUACAAACACUAUUCAUCAUUACAAUACGAAUUGUAAUCGUCAUCUUCAUUCUGGUAUACAACAGUACAACUCCUUGUUCAUUCCAUACCACAAUUACAUCAACCAAUGGAACAAUGUACAGACGAACAAUGUCACUCCACCUGUCGACGACAACGACAACACUGUGAAUUCGUGUGAUCUGAUCACAGAAGAUGAACCGAAACCGAAUUUCAGUUAUAUUGGAUUGAUUGCAAAGGCCAUACUCAGUACACAAGAAAGACGUAUGAUAUUGUCAGAAAUAUAUCAAUGGAUUCAACUACGUUAUCCAUAUUUCAGUACACGUGGACCAGGAUGGCGUAAUUCCAUUCGACACAACUUGUCAUUGAAUGAUUGUUUUAUUAAAGUCGGUAGAGCAGCAAAUGGGAAAGGACACUAUUGGGGAAUCCAUCCAGCCAACUUGAAAGACUUUCUCAGUGGUGACUUCAGAAGACGUAGAGCACAACGCAAAGUACGUCGAGCAUUAGGACUGAGUCGACCUGACGAUAAAAUUCAUGAUGAUGAUGAUGACGACGAUGAUGAUGAUGGUGAUGACGUUGAUGGUGAUGGUGGUGGUGGUGUUAGUGGUGAUCGAGUUGAUCACCGAAACUCACCAACACUCAAUUCUCCACUCAUUCCACAAACACUUCUCCGAUUUCUACAUCCAUACAUACCCACAUAUCAGCUGAUCAGGUCAACACUCACACCAAAUUCCUCUCCAACACUCACAACACACGAACACACAUUCAAUGCCAAAUCAUACAAUCCACCACAUACAUCAAUACCAAUCACAAACACAAACACAAACACAAACACAAACACAAACUUAUUCACAUUCGAUCAAUUGACCGAUUCUACUAACAACCACCACACAAACAAUCCAUCGAACAUCACAACUCUCCUAUUCAAUCCAUCACCUGUCCCACUCGUACACAAUUCACACCGACUACCUCACCAAUCACCGAUAAAUGCAUCACCGACAAGUCGAAUGAAUAAUUCCACUGAAUUCAAACAAUCAAUCCAAACACUAAACACCACCAAUCAACUAUGCAAAUCGAGUUGCACCAACGACACAUUGAUCGAUCUUUUCUACAUCAAUUUGAUGCAUUUACUCAAAAAUCAUCAUUCAUCCAUUCAACCUGACAUGGAUGGUAAACGCACAUGUGACAAGCCUGUAUUGCUGGUUCCAAAUUCAAUUGCAAGUACCAACCAUACUACUACUACUACUACUACUACAACUACUACUAACAGUACCACUACUACUACUACUACAACUACUACUAACAGUACCACUACUACUACUACUACCAAUAGUAAUAAUAACAAUACACAUGCUACCGCCAUCACCAGUACUACCCACACAACAAACACUAUCAUUCCUCUCAGUAUUCCUAUCUCUGAUCACCAUCGAGUUGAUUGUCAAUAUGUGAAUUCAUCAUGUUCUUCACUCGAUUCUGUAUUCUUCAGAUCUCAUCCACUCUCCACUCAACAUCCAGUCAAUGUCAGUUUCAAUGUGGUCAACUUGAUUGAUCACAAACUCAAUCAAAGUGAUCUUGAUCCUACUCGUAAUCAUGAUGAUGAUGAGGGUGCUGUUGUUGUUGUUACUGAUGUAAAUAAUGAUGCUACAAUCUGUAAAAUGAUGAAGUCACAAGAAUAUCAUGUACACAAUGAAGGUGAUCAGAAGACUGAUCUUGAUCAGAAUGAAUCACAAGUCGAUGGUGAUGAUUAUGAAGAAGAAGAGGAGGAGGAGGAAAUUCCACUGGAAUUACAUUCAACAAAAUCCAUAAUCAAUCAAUCACUUGAUCAAACAUUAUCCAGUUCAAAUGUAUCAUAUUCAUUUCAUAGUUUAGAUAGUCCAUUAGAUUAUACCUUGUGUAAAUAAACAAUCUUUAUUUUUAUCUUAAUUCAAUUGUAUACUGUUUUAGUCAUUAUUAUUACAGAUUUGUCGCAUCUGAUGAAAAUACACAUCUCCAC